AAUCCUAUCAUCCUGUUCGGCUUCCCCCCCCCCGAUGCUCGGACUUGCUUUUUUAGUGAUUUCUGUCCCCAUUCCACCUGUUUAGCGUUUCUACUUUUGAGAGGAUCUGUUUACGCCGUACUUUGGUUCACCCGUCGUAUCGUUACACGCUGUCUUAUUGAAUGACUUAGAUAUUUAAGAAUUUCUGCCAGCCAUCUCUCCCGCACCAUCUCCCCUUGUUUAUCUUAUUCUCAGUCUCUUCCCCUGGUCCUUUGAUCCUCUACUCCUGUCUUGAAUCAUGGCCCAAGGAGAGUUAUGGUCGACUCUAAUCACUGCAAUCGACCCUGGUAAUAUCAGAGCUAUGCCGGCUGUCCUUCAGUCAACGAUCGAUCUCUUAGAGACGGAGCUGGCCAAGGCCAGAGCUGCUCUUAAAGAGAUCCAACCUGAUACCGCACCCAUAUUGAUACCGGGAGACGAACUUGCGGUCGGAGCGAUUACAGCCUAUCGUCAAAAUCUCAUUACCCGGGCUUCGGAUUUUUACUAUGGUUCCCGCCGGCUGUCUCCAAAGGAAGUGGGCCUAGUUCCUAUCAUUCAAGAGGUUCAGGCAGGGGAAAAUGAUAGUGAGGAGUUGGAGACAAAGGUUGAAAGUAUUACUACUCUGAUCCCGCCUAAAAAGGCUUCCCUUGUGGACAUUCUCUCAAAUAGUUUGAUUCUCGAUCACAUGGCUCCAUACCUCUCGGCCCCAUCACUGCUUGCCCUUGCCUCAACAUCGCGCUUUGUUCGAACCGUGAUCAUGGAAACGCCGUAUAUUUUCCGGUAUCUUGACUUGACUCAAUUCCAUGGAGCCUGGCCUCUCAGGCAUGCACCGGGAGCCUUGGAGGCUCAAAUUGACAGUAGUGAACGCUUGGAGGAGCCCCGAACGGAGGAUGAAUACUAUUCGGCUCCUCUUAAAAGAAUCUUCACUAGCCUGGACCAGGGCUCUAUCCUUCAAGAUGUACGAACUUUGAUCUUGGAUGGUCUUCCUGUUCCCGCAGAUCUAGUUGCAGAACUUAUAGACCAGUUCAAUAUCAACAUACUGUCUAUAAGAGAGUGUCGCCAGUUAAAUGAGCGCAAACUAAUGCAAGUACUUCAGCAUGCUGUUCGGCCUUCACGUCCCAAAGGAACUCCUCGAGUGAAAGGCAUAUAUUAUUUCACCCCGGUGAGCCAGCCCAGAACUAUAAGGUACCGUGACUGGUGGAGUUCCAGGUGUGCCCACCCGUCCUUCAACAAUGCUCUAGUGACGGAAAAGGAGUUACCCCCCUCUGUUGACGCUCAUGAUAGCCUACUGCAUCGUCAAAAUGCGUGGUACCGCCCGUCUGGGAAACUUAUCCCUCGGUCGAUCGAGGAAGGCUGGGCCGAGACGAUCCAGAAAUGUGAGGGUAUCAUCUCUUUUGACGCAGUCUUGUGCCGCGGACCCCGGCAUAAUGUUAAUCUCCACACACUGUCGGGCCAUUACCAAAAUAGGCGUCAGCCUGAAGGCCAACUUCUCGGGCCAGCAAUUGCUACAGUCGCUUUAGGCCCUAGUGGGUGCGAUGGCUGCCAUACUUCGCCAGAAGGCCCGGCAGUUUGGGGUCAAUCUCCCAAUGAGCAGUUUCCUCUGCUUACACCACCCCCUUUACAUUCAUCAUGUAUAGCGGCGGCGAAACGCCCAGAGCUUAUACCCAAUGUGCACCCUAUCCUGGUGGCCCGCUGCGCGGAGUGCCUGAAUGAUCGCUGGUGCCAUCGGUGCAACAAAUGGUUCUGCGCGAAUUGCCUGCCGAGCCCUGAACGGGAGAGAACUAACCUGUCACCGCAUCAAACUGCCGUCAGAGGUCCACGCAACAACCAGGAUAUUGGUUCCUCACACGCGCGAAGGAGACUUGGACAUGGGGUGAGCAGAGACUGCUGGGAGUGUGGCCCGACAUGCGCUUCCUGCAAAACCGAGUGCCAAAGGACAUGCCAGAAUUGCCGAGGAGAGUACUGUGUUGAUCAUAAUGAAGGUUGCUCUCCGACGAUGGUAUGCUGUCAAGCCCACCUGGUAUGAUGUAGAGCCAUAAGGACUAACGCAUGUCAAUCCAGUGUGACUGGUGUAAUACUAGUGCGCGCCAUCGGUUGAGGUAGCUCUAUUAGAGCUAUAGAGAACCAAAUGGACUCUUAGACUUUGCUCAGGAUUCUUGCUUUAUGACUAUUCAU